AGCUCUUGUUUCUGCUUUCCUUUGUGCAUUCCCAUGGUGGUUAGCAUGGCUAAAUCUAAGGUACCUGAAACGAAUAAGGAAAAUCCAGGAGCAAGAGAAGUUGAGAUGAAUGUAGGAGAGGCAAAAUCCGAGUAUACCAUGGAUGGCUCGGUCGACUUCGGAGGAAAUCCAGCUGCCAAAGCAAAAUCUGGUGGAUGGGUGGCUGGAGCCUUUGUGCUUGUAAAUCAGGGCUUAGCAACACUUGCAUUCUUUGGGAUGAACGUCAACCUGGUUUUGUUCCUGACGAGGGUGCUGCAGCGGAACAAUGCGGAUGCAGCCAACGACGUCAGCAAAUGGACAGGCACCGUCUACAUCUUCUCCCUUGUCGGAGCAUUCCUUAGCGAUUCCUACUGGGGUAGAUAUAAGACCUGCGCUGUCUUCCAGGUCAUCUUCGUGCUUGGUUUGGUUCUGCUAUCCCUGUCUUCACAUCUGUUCCUGAUCAAACCCUCGGGGUGCGGCGACAGUCACACCCCCUGUGGUACUCAUUCCAGCUUUGAAGUUAAGAUGUUCUACCUAGCUAUCUACAUGAUUGCCCUUGGCAAUGGAGGCUACCAACCCAACAUAGCCACCUUUGGACCUGACCAGUUCGACGAGGAGGACCCAAGGGAAGCACACUCCAAGGUCUCCUUCUUCAGCUACUUCUACCUGGCCCUCAACUUGGGCUCCCUCUUCUCCAACACCUUCCUGAGUUACCUGGAGGACCAUGGCAUGUGGACCCUGGGCUUUUGGGCGUCCAGCGCAUCCGCUUGCGUGGCACUCGUCCUCUUCCUCAGUGGGACCCCCAGGUACAGACACUUCAAGCCAUGUGGAAAUCCCCUAUCCAGGAUCUGCCAAGCGGUCGUCGCCGCGUCAAGGAAAUGGAGGGUCAAGAUGCAGCCAGGCGGAGUUGAUCUGUACGACACGGAUGAGGAGGAGUUCCAAGAAACCAAUGGCAGCAAGAAGAUACUCCACACCGAGGGUUUCAAGUUCCUGGACCGAGCGGCAUUUGUCACCGCCGGCGACUUCACCCUCCAAGACCAGUCUCUUCGCCGCAACCCAUGGCGGCUUUGCACCAUCACGCAAGUGGAAGAGGUGAAGUGCGUGCUGAGGCUCAUCCCCAUAUGGCUUUGCACCAUCCUCUACUCGGUGGUGUUCACGCAGAUGGCCUCCCUCUUUGUCGUCCAAGGCGCGGCCAUGAGAACCACCGUCGGAGCUUUCUCCAUCCCUCCUUCCAGCAUGUCGGCCUUCGACAUCCUCGGCGUCGUCAUCUUCAUUUUCCUCCGAGACAGGCUCCUCCACCCGCUCGUCUGCAGGAUCAAAAAGAGCCGUGUGGGGCUCACGGAACUGCAGAGGAUGGGAGUCGGGCUGGUCAUCGCCGUCAUGGCCAUGAUCGCAGCCGGCACGGCGGAGCACUUCCGGUUGAAGCAAGCCCGGGCGCCGUGCAGCGGUUGCAGUGGUGCCGCAAGCUCACUGCACAUAUUGUGGCAGGUGCCCCAGUACGCGCUGAUAGGAGCCUCCGAGGUUUUCAUGUACGUGGGUCAGCUGGAGUUCUACAACGGGCAGGCCCCGUAUGGGCUGAAGAGCUUCGGAAGCGCACUCUACUUGACGUCCAUGUCCUUCGGGAACUUCUUCAGCGACCUCAUCGUGACGGCGGUGAUGAAGCUAACGGCGAGAGGCGGCAGAGCAGGGUGGAUUCCGGAGAACCUGAACCACGGCCAUUUGGACAGGUUCUACUUCCUAUUAGCAGCACUAACCAGCGCAGACUUUGUUGUCUUCGUGGCUUGCGCGAAGUGGUACAAGUCCACCAAGUUGGAGGGGUAGAGCGAGGUGGAAGGUGCGCCGACGUCUGCCGAGAAUCUCGUCAAUUAGAACUCUCGUAGUCUUCUCUAAGUCACGUUUUUACUUCCAACAAUAAUGGCGACAGUAGAAGUAUUUCCUUCCUACCUUCGUUGCUUGGGACGAGAUUAUCCUUCGUAGGGUGGUUUAGGAAUGAAGGAUUUAUACUUAAUAAAUUUAACUUUGUAUGAUAA